CCGGCCCCACCCUCCGUCACUUGUCACCCGGGUAACGCGCUUGGCUUCGCGCAACGUGUCUGCCCUAGGACUCACUCUGUCCGGUCGCGCCCUCCGAACAUGGCUCAUCAUCUGGCUUCCAUUCCUGAGUCGUCAUCGAGGGUGGAAGACGCGGCUGCCCAGCAGCCCAGGCCCUCGGUCACAUGGAACCUGGGCUCGACUUUGGGUAAUUCGGCUGCCGCCCACGCGACCACCAGUUCCGGCAUCACCCCGGCCUGGGCCUUCCGGCGCGAUACGCUCAGUACCUACCCGGAAAUCAACGUAGGGACCCAUCCGCAGAUCUGCUUCCUGCGGCCGCGGACAGCGAAGCAACCGGUGCUCUUCAGCUUAAUGAAUUCCAGUGAAGCAGCAAUGAAAAAAUUUUUACCCAAGAGCAACUUAUCCCGGGUGAUUAUUCGUGACAACCUCAGUGCACAGCGAGUCUAUGAGAUGAAGAUGAGAGCUUCAGACAAGACCAAGAAAAAGAUGAGCCAUUUGUAUGACCACCUGAAGAAAAAGUUCAUGACUGAGCAGCUCAGAAAGCUGGGGCGCUGGAGACAGGGAUCCAUUAACAUCCAGCAGUACCUGGAUAGUAUCCCAGUGUACAAGGUCUAGUUCAACCUCUAUCCUCACAGGAAAAACCAGCCACCCUAGCCAAGGCAGAAUAAUCUGCCCCUGAGCCAUGACGACACUACACUACAGGAAGAGGAGAGGUAGAAACUAGCCAUGACCUAGACCAUGACAGAACCACAAUAAACCAAGACCAGCGGACAGUGGACCACCAAAA